AUGCUUCCCGAACCGACUUUGAGCUUCACGCUCCCUAGCCUUCACGAUGACACCGCAUUGGACUGCCGUUUGUAUCAUUGCCACGCGUUGAACCCCUCCGCAUCAAAUCCAUCGCCAUGGAGACGAAACGCUGCCGUAAUCGCUCAUCCUUAUGCGCCCUUGGGCGGCUCCUAUGACGACCCUGUUGUCGAUAUCGUUGCCGCGACGUUGCUGCGACAAGGCUUCCUUGUGGGGACUUUCAACUUCAGGGGCGCUUCUGGAUCCGCAGGCCGUACGUCAUGGACUGCAAAGCCAGAACGCAGCGACUACAUGUCCUUCAUCGGCUUCAUGGUCUACUACAUGCACUUCCUCGAUCCCUUUGGAUCGACUAACGCCCGCUCGCCGACGACGACUCUCCCACCAGGGCUCCCCGACGCCCAAUCGAAGCCUUCCCCAUACCAUCCCCUGCUCCUCAUCGGCGGUUAUUCAUACGGAGCUAUGGUGACAACGCAGAUUCCACCGAUGGCGCAUAUCCUCGCGCAAUUCAAGGUGCCUGCAGCUGGUUCCGCGGCUGCUGACAUCCGUCUUCGAGCGCAACAUCUGGCGGAGCAGCAGAACGUCAUCUUGGCUAGCGCUAGAGCUGCGAGCCCUAUAUCACCGCGGAAGAAAUACCUUGGCAUGCGGGUUGGGGGAGACGAGGACACCCAACGCAAGAGUCACGAAGCUCGGAGAUCCAUGUCCGAAACGCGAAGAUCGUUCUCUCUUGACGCCGAGGAUAAGAUUCGGCGAGGCGUCAACGAUCUACUGGCGAAAACGAAAAGACAUCAUCAUAAGGGCGUGGCAGUGCCUCAGGAGAAGCUGGCCACUAUACCUUCGAACCAUGAGGUCUCUGUUGUGGUGGAAGAGGUUCCCAAUUUGACGCAAGUCCGGCCGGCAUAUCUCCUCGUGUCUCCGCUGCAAGGAGUCAUCAACCAUCUAGCAGCCAUGUCAUUCCUUCAUACAACACCCGGUCGAGGAUUAUUCUCGCGGAACGGGGGAAAACCGAGAGAGCAGGGGGCGCCGACCUUCACGGCGGAUCAAAGACAACAGAGUGAGAGCAAGCUGGUAGAGAAUGAUACCCUAGCAUUAUACGGCGACAAGGACAUUUUUGUUCCCGUAGCCAAGUUGCGAGGGUGGGUGGAGCGUUUGGAAGGCGUCGAUGGAUCGCAUUUCCAUGGCGAGGAGGUGUCUUCGGCUGGACACUUCUGGACAGAAGGGAACGUGGCUUCAGUCCUCCGAGAUAAGGUAUCGGAUUUCGCGGCGAAGUUAUUGCAAGGGUCCGACGAAGGUAGACCCGCCAGUGAACUGGCGUAG